CCCAGGCCGGGAAAUGGCAGUGAAUGAGAGACGGAUUUGUGGAAAUUGCGAUGAGUCCAAGAUGCGGGGAUGGGGGAAAGAUAAGGAUGACAAAUGGAGCUAAGCUCACUCGGUCGCAUUGCGUCGAAGCGGGGUUGGCAUCUCCAUAGGCGGGGAACUGAUUUGGAGAAUACUAUCAUCACAAUCACAAUUUACAGUAUUAGUGUCUAUGUUGUAGCAAUAUGGACCCUGCAGUUGUCGCUGACAUCCCACUCACCCAAAUAUUUCACUACCAUACUACUACUCACAAAUACGCUGUGCGCUGGACCGCAAUAGGUGACGCUUCCCUGCCACCUUUGAUAUUCGUGCACGGCACCCCAUGGUCUUCGCGGGUUUGGCACGUCUUUGCACGUUCCCUGGCUAGAUAUUUUCAUGUCUAUCUCUUUGACAAUCCGGGAUUCGGCGAGAGUCCACUGGGUAUCCCUCUACCAGGAAAAGAGGCACUGAUCAGCAAAGAAGUCGCCCUAGAUGCAGAUCUCGCACAGCAGUCGGAGGUGUUUGCUGCCCUUUACGAAUCCUGGUCAAAGGACUGGCCUCAAGCGCAUAAUAAGGCACAUGUCGUCGCCCACGAUCAUGGGGGACUCAUGAGUUUACGGGCGCACCUUAUCCAUUCCUGCGCAUUUGCCAGUUUGUGUUUGAUCAAUGUGGUUGCUUUGGGGCCGUUCGGGCAGCCUUUGUUCAAAUCAGUGGCGGAAAAUGAAGAGGCCUUUACCAGUUUGACCGGCCCGAUGUUCGAAGGAAUGGUUGAGGCAUAUAUUCGGAAUGCGGCAUGUACAGAGUUGAGUAAGGAAACGAUGGACAUGUUGAAGCGCCCGUGGAUCAUCAACGAGGAAGGCCGGAAAGGCUUCAUAAGACAAAUGGCACAAGCCAACAGUCGCAGUACAGAGGCAGUCGAGGGGAGAUACUCCGAAGUGGGCCAGGCGAUGCCGGUCAGGAUUAUCUGGGGAACAGAAGAUCAAUGGAUCCCGGUGGAGACGGCCGAGAGACUGAGAGCCAGGUUGAAUGCCAGAGAGGUGGUGUUGAUCGAAGGAGCAGGACAUCUUGUCAUGUAUGAUCAGGAGGGAAGGUUAGGAGUGGAGCUGGGAUGGUGGUUGAGUGAAGUCAACCAUGCCCGGCAGUGAGGAGAUAUAUCCCUCAUCGUGCAUAGAGUAAGUAUUUACGCAGUUGUACUCAAUAUAAUGCCUGGUGUAGAUAUAAUGGCUGGUGUUAGCAAACACAGCAAACACCGGCCCAUCAUGUGAUGUGA